AUGAGUUUCUUUCACAUUCCAGUUUCUACUGCAGCUGCUUUCCAACCUCAACAAACUAUUCCAAGACAAGUUUCUUAUCCAAAUUUGAGAGAAACUUCAUCAUUCAAUGAUUAUCAAUAUAUCCCAACUCAACAUUUCGCAAAUAAUGUACAAAAAAUUCCACUUUCAUAUAUGAUUUCUCCACAAACAAGACAAGUUGAAAGAAAUGUUCCAUUCAAGGUUUAUAUUUUUGAAGGAAAGUUCAAUCACAAUUUGAAUAGUGCUUCAAAUGUAUUGAGAUUUGAAAUUGAUUCUAAUCAUGAGGGAAGUUUCGAAUUAUUUGAUAGAGUAUUGAGAGAACAUUCCAUCGAUAUGAGACAAUAUGAAUUACAUUAUGUUGAUGAUGAAGAUGAUUUGGUUUCAUUGACCAAUUUAAGAGAUUUCCAUUUCUUGUUGAAAUUAAUGAAGGGCAAAUUGACUAAGAUUAUUUGCGAAAAGAAAUCAAUCAAACCAGCUCAACAUACUACUUUCAAUAGAAUUUCACAACCAUCAUGUUUAUUUGCUCAAUUACAACAACCAAGAGUUGAAUCUCAAAAGAAACAAGUUCCUCAACAACAAUCAGAACAAUCUUGGGAAAAUAUGAUUGAAAAUGCUUUUAGAUCUGCAUUUUCAAAUGACAAGUCAACUCAACCAAAACAAUCAUUCUUCCCACAAGUUUCUGCUUCCACUCCUCAAACAAAACCAAAAGUGAGAAGAAUUGAAAUUAAUCUUGCUGAUCUUUUGGGAAUUCCAACAAGUAAUGAAGCUCAACAACAACCAAAGAAAGAGGAACCAAAGAAAGAAAAGAAAGAAACUACUUCUACACCUCAAUCAUUCAGAGAAUUAUUACUUCAAAGAAUGAAGGAAAUGAGAGAAGAAGAACAAAAGAAGGAGAAACCAAUUGAAACCUCUCCAAUUGCAGCUGUUGUUUCUCAACCAAAAGAAGAAGAAUCAAUUCAAGAACAAUUGAAGGAACAAGAAAUUGUUGCCGAAAAUACUCCAAAUAUUACAACUUCAUUGCUUCUCUCCAAUUUAAUUGAAGAUCAACCAACUGAAUCAGUUUCUGAACAAGUUCAACAAGAAACAGUUGCUGCUCAAGAAGAAACAGAAUCAGUCAAUCAACAAGCUCAACAAGUUUCCAAUCAACUUCUUGAAAAUCAAGAUCCAAUUAUUGAAUCAAUUCCUGAAGAAGAAGAAGAACCAGUUGUGAAAACAACCAUUCCACACAAAUAUCAAAAAGAAUUGAAAUUAUUGAAUCAAAUGGGUUUCACCAAUCACAUUCUCAAUAUUACCUUAUUGAAUAAGUAUGAAGGAGAUAUUCAAAGAGCCAUCUCUGAUCUCAUUCACCAAUAA